GAAAGACACACAAAAACAAAACAAUGACUUGUGAAGUAAAACAUUGCGGAGAAAUUCGCGAUUUUAAAAAAGUUCAGGAAUAUUUUGGCCUCGGACAUGACGACAACUGGUUAAAUGCAAUUAACUACGCCAUAUCGCCGACUGGUGAAUUGAUUGCCUUGGCUCAGGGAGAAAAGUUGGCAUUUCUUUCCACCUGCUGGAACAGCCAUGGAAAUGCUAACAACACCUACGCCCUGGGAUGGUGUGGCGAACUGGAGGACUCGAAUCAGAUCGUGACCAGCCUCACCUGUCUGCCGAUGACUCAGAGCCGACGGGGCACCGACGGAGCAGUCGAAUGGACCUGCGUGGCAGUGGGCCUGGUCUCGGGUAUGGUCGUUUUCUACACAGACUCGGGCGUAAAGCUGUUUUCUCAGUGCUGCCAGGAGGAUCCGGUGAUAGGAGUCAAGCUUCAGUCGCCGCCCCGGCACUCUGAGGGCGAUUUCCUACUGUACAUUGUUUACCCGCGCUGUCUAUGCUUCAUCCAAGGCCAGGACAUCUUGCCCACUCUCAACAACUGUCGGCACAACGUACAGCGCGGAGCCCUGGAUCGUGGCUCAUAUCCCACAGCCGAUGUGGUGCCCUUCCAGAAGUACAAGUUCAAGCAGGAAAAACAGGCCGUGAUCAACGACGCCGCCAUUUCAAGCACCCAGCGACCACCAACAUAUGAUCACAUCGUACAGCAAAGCAUUGGAAAUGGCUACUUUGCCAAGGUACACGCCACACCUCCAAGAAGCGCCCAGGUGCUGGCUGCCGGAGCGGAGCCCUACUUGGGCUUCUUUGACGCCGAAGAGGGCUACAAAACCAUAUCACUGGGCGAGGUUGCCAAGGAUGUGAUUGGCAUAGCGUACAAGAACCUGCUGGGCGGCAUUUUUCGACGAGCUCCCGAACCAUUGCCAUCGCCCGAAGAGGCACCACUGCCUGUGCCCACAAAGGAGGCGCCGAUGAGGAUCCGUUGUCGCUUGUACGACGGCAAACGAGAUGGCUUGACAUUGGCAGUUGCACCGGGAGGAAGACUGGCAGUCGUCACGGACAAUCUGGAUCGAGUGAUGUUGUUGGACACGCAGCAGGCUAUCAUUCUACGCGUGUGGAAGGGCUAUCGAGAUGCCCAGUGUGCCUUCGUUCCCGUCAAAGAACGAUCUGUGCGCGGAAUCAAAACACAUAAGCGAAAGGCCUUGUUUCUGGUCAUCUACGCUCCCCGUUUGGGCUGCCUGGAUAUCUGGGCGCUGCAGAAUGGACCCAAGGUAGCUGCCUUUAAUGUCUCCAAGAGCGGACAGUUGGUUUACAAUAAUCACGGUGCUUUGGGCUCCGUCAGCGCUGGUGGAUCCUCAGCCGGCAGCAGUCAAUCCCGCAAAACGCUACCCAUCAACCACUGUCUAUUUCUGGAUCCCACCGAUGGAAGCCUAAAGGAGGUGCUUAUUCCGUUUCAUUAUGCUCUAAGCGAAACCAGUUCACAAACUUCCCGGGAUAUCCACAUGCUGAGGCGUCUUAGGAACCAGCUGAGGACUGCAAACCAUGGCGAUGCCAAGUUGGAAGAAAUUGCCGAGCUGGCCAGUGAAUUGCAGACCCUAGAGGUGCGCCAGCAGUGCCUGGAGAUGCUGCUCAAGAGCAAGAAGCUUCAGCCACGUGUGUUUCAGUGCAUCAUAAACUCUUUUAUCGAGGAACCCCUUACCGACGCGACCAUAACCCAAGAGUUUCUGCACCAAAUCAAGAACUACAAGAGACUGACCGAUUUAUACUUGACUCUGAGUGAGGCAAAUCAGCGGGGUGACAACGAGCCACCGAUAGAUCAUCUGGAGCUCUCCGACGCCGAUCUGGUGACAAUUAACAAACUUGUUUUGCUCCUGGACGAUGGUAAGGAUGAGGCUAAGCCCGCUACCGCUCGCGAGGUUAGCUUUAAGCUGCAUGAAGAACAUAAAACCGAGGAGUUUGUGGAUUACCUGAGCAUCUUUAACAUAGACAGUCCGGAUGGCAUCAGCUUGUUGGCGGACAAGGCCGACAAGUUUGGUAGCGUUAGCAUCGAUCUCUUUAGCCAGUUCUUCGCCCAGGGCUUGUGCUUUGGCCAGUUCAAAGAGUGGAUCCAUCAGUCCUGCCUGACCAGCAUGGAUCUUCUUACACUGGUCAUUUGGUUCUGGCUGGAGAAGCCUUUCAAAUACAAUAACUGUGAUGAAGUCAUUGAGGACAUGUCAAGGAUAGCUGCCAUGGUGCAGACCAUUUGUGAUUUGGCUGGUGAGCAUAUUCACGAUUAUGCCUACAAUGCCAUCUCUCCGUGGUGGCAGGCGGUGCGCGAGCUGCUCCUGGAAAGCAAACAGUUCUCCGGUUUGCUCGUGGCCAUUGUCUGCAAAACGGUGGCCAGUAAUUUGUGGCGCAGUCGUAAGGAGGGAUCUUGUGACGAAUCUUCGCAAAACGAUGAGGAAGAGCGCUGGGAACGAAUUUCGCACGACGAGGCCCAGUGGGGACUUCUCACCGGCAAGCUGGAGGAUGUGGCCGUUUUGGGAGCUAUUCUUGGCAAGCCACUCACCUGCAGGGAUCCUGUGGGUCCAGAAAUGUCCUACGAGCCGCCCGACUGUAGCCUCAAGAGCAUUGUGAGCAACGGAAAAGGAAUCGUCACAGAACUCACUGCCAAGUGGCUAAUCAGUGCGCAACUGCAUCCGAGUAAAGUUCUGGAGAUUUCGGCGCCGGAAAAUGAUACUGAUGAGGAGACAAAGACAAAAACCAAACCAGCGUCCAAGGAAGAUCUCUCUAAGGCGGAUACCGACUCUGAAGAAGACUUGGAAAUGGCCACGGAAGUGCAGGAUCCAAACAGAGAGGCCUCCGAGCCUAUACUCGAGCGUUUGGCUCUGCUGCGAGCCCACUUUCCCUUCAGCCUUGAGUCGGGCGUUCUUCUGAGCCUUAUGUCGUGGCAAUACAUGGUGCAGUGGAGCAAGCAGCUUUCAUCGCUGGAUCAUUUCAGGGCAGCCCUUCUCUGUCUGACCCAGUUCCGAACUCCAGACUGGGCUUUGAAGCACGGUAUCUGCUGCAUGCUGUGGAAUGCCACGCUAAAGUUUCCUCUCCAGGCCGCGGCCAAGCUGAUGCAGAAGGUGGGUCGUCUACCUGUGGACAAGAUGUGCCAGCAGGAUUUGGAGAUGUCGGCGGGGAAGGUGCCCGAGUUUCUCGAGCUCAGUCUGGAGUUUCUGGAGCACUUCUCCACCUCGAUGGAACACGACAAACGGGAACUGCAGUUCGAGCAGUCCCUCAGCGAAGGAGCUCUCCCACUACAGUUCUUGGCCCUCCAGCAACACCACGCCAUGCCCCAGCUGCUCCAACUGCAAACCGAGCUGUGUAGCGUCCUCCAUUUCGUGGCCUUCUUCCAGCUGCGCAUUCCCAAGCCCCUGACCACGCUCUUCGACUCAAUGGGCAACAAGGCUUUGCUCGCUGAUAUCAAUAAGGAGCUGCCUUAUGUCUUGCCCGCACCAGAUCUUGUCCUGCAGCAGGUGCGGACGGACUUUCUGUGUCGCGUUGUCUCCGCCACCAUGGACCUGAUCAGGGAGGAUCUGCAGCAGUUGUAUAUCCUGGACCAUGUCUUCUACAUGUCGAAGAUCUGUGCACUGGCCGACAGCUGGGAAGUGGACAAACUGCCUAUCUUGAGGCGACAGGUAGUGGAGCUGUACGCUUUUGGCUACGAUGCCGAAGCCCAGAUGUUGCUCCAACAUAUCGCUGAGGAUGAGGAGCUGGGCCGGCUGCUGUUGGAGAUAGCCGGCAGAAGGCUCAAUCUGUACGCGGAGAGCUCACAGUCCACGUUCCUGAAAAUUGCUUCUGUAGGUCAUCAGUUACUGGCCUACCUGGACAACCUGAAGGAGCCGCUGACGGAGCAAAAUGUGCAGAUAGCGGCUACCAAGGCGGACGAGAUCGAUGUGGCUGCCCUCGACCGCCUGCUGUCCCAUGCGUACAAGUGUCUUUGCAGGCGUGAGUCCAAGCAGCUGCCCAUCAUCGCCCAAAUGUACAACGCCGUGCGUAUCCUGCAGAACUGAGAGGGAGAGCGAGGAUAACACAAGACACUAGUAGUUCCGUUUUUAGUUUAUAUAAUUGCCAAUUGUCAUACAAAAACAUUAGGAUUGUUAAAAAUGGAUGCAAACAAAAAAAUGAAUUUAGGAUGCACACUUGAUGCACACCUGUUUACGAAAUAAGUUGAGGAUGCAACUUGAACAACACAUUAACGGAUGGAUGUGAACUAUCCGAAGUAUUUGAGGAUGCACACUUGAUGCACACCUGUUUACGAAAUAAGUUGAGGAUGUAACUUGAACAACACAUUAACGGAUGGAUGUGAACUAUCCGAAGUAUUUGAGGAUGCACACUUGAUGCACACCUGUUUACGAAAUAAGUUGAGGAUGCAACUUGAACAACACAUUAACGGAUGGAUGUGAAUUAUACGAAGUAUUUGAGGAUGCAUACUUGAAGCACACCUGUUUACGAAUGGAUGCAAGGAAGAUGAAAUAAGUUGAGGAUGCAAUUUGAACCACACAUUACCGGAUCGAACUAUCCGAAGUAUUUGAGGAUGCGUAAUUGAAGCACACAUCAAUGGGGAUACUUUAUUGAUGUCAUGUUAUAUUUUGCUUAACACUGAUUAUAUUCAAUGAUUAAAGCAAUACAAAAUGUA